GCCGGACUUCACCUCGCCGACCAUGUGGUGGAGCAUGGGGGGCAAGCAACUCUGAUCGCACCAGUCCAUCUCCCGCAAUCAGUCUUCCGUCAGUAUGGCUUUUGUCUUUUCAACAGCAACUGUCAGGAACGGCCCGUUUACGCCACUUGGCGAUGUUGUCAGCAACAGCGGCCCCGGCCAGCAUCCAGACGUAGAGCUUGGCGAUGUGGCGGAGCAUACAAGUUCUGCAGCACAAGGCUAUAGACCAAAGGGGAUGCUGAUUUCUGGGCUGUCCACCCUGUAAACCAUUGUAACAUUCUUGAUAACGCCCGUGUAACAUGCUAACGGCGUUGGUGCAUCAUCAGUCGAAAGCUGAAACUUUUGUUGUCGUGAGUUCUGGAUACUU